AUGUUAAAUUCCGGUACCUUUGAGCCCGCGCGUCUCCAUGGAGACAGCAAAACGGAAACCCUCCACCGACUGCCCCCGAGUCCCCCGGCAGAGGAGUACCAGAUCAACUACACCAUCGACGAUGUCUUGAGAAACCUUGUGCGGGAUGCUCCCGAUGAGCCGCUCGUGGGCUACCCACAGAAAACGCAUGGCGUCGCAGAUUAUGUCUAUUACACCCCGCGCGAUCUGGACCGAUUCGCCAAUGGCGCGGUCAAGCAAUACAAGCAGGCAGGCCUGGCAGAGUUCGCCCAUCCGACUGAGAAUCGCGUCGUCUCCAUCCUCGGCCCCUCCAACCUGGAUUACAUCGUGUCCCUCUUUGCAUUGUCUCGCAUGGGCUAUGCGGUUCUGUUGCUGUCAACCCGCCUCAGCACCGAGGCCUACACCAACCUUCUUGCAAAGACCAACUGUACCAAUCUCGUCUACGCCCCGUCCAGCGCCAAAGCCGUCAGGCAAGUGGCGGAGACAUCGUCGGUGGCUACCUUUGCAAUCCCCGAGUUUGCCAACUACUCGGAGGAGUGGCAGCAAGCCAGUCCAAAUGCUGGGACACCGCAAGAGAGUCUCAAGUGGGCUUUUAUCAUCCACUCGUCGGGCUCCACUGGCCUCCCCAAGCCCAUCUUCCAGACCCACGGGGCAUGCAUCUCCAACUACAGUACAAGCAAGGGCUACCGAGCGCUAUUGACAUUGCCACUCUAUCAUAACCAUGGCCUAUCGACCUUUUUCCGCUCACUGUUCAAGCGAAAGCCCAUAUCCAUCUAUAAUGCGAAUCUUCCCCUCACAGGCAACAAUGUGCUGGAAGCGAUGAAAGCGACGGCCCCGGAAAGCUUCCAUGGGGUGCCGUACGUCUUGAAGUUAUUGUGUGAGACCGAAGGUGGGACCGAUGAGCUAGCAAAGUGCCAGCAGGUCCUUUUUGGAGGGAGUAGCUGUCCGGAUGAGCUGGGUGAUGAGCUCGUAAAUGCCGGGGUCCGGUUGAUCAGCCACUACGGAGCCACCGAGCUGGGUCAAUUGAUGACCUCGGCGCGACCCCAGGAAGACAAGGCCUGGAACUAUCUUCGGCCCUUGGCGUCGGUCGAGCGAUUCCUGCAAUGGAAGCCCCUGGAAGACGGAUCCUAUGAAUGCAUCGUGCUGGAUGGUCUUCCAUCCAAAGUCAGUUCCAAUUCGGACGACCCUCCGAACUCGUUCCACACGCGGGACACAUUUCUCAAGCACCCCACGAUUCCCAAUGCCUGGAAAUAUCUAGGCCGCAUCGACGACCGAGUCACUUUAAUUAAUGGAGAGAAAGUCCUUCCGGUGCCGAUCGAGCAUCGUGUCCGCCAGAGUGUCUACGUCCAAGACAACCUCGUCUUUGGUGUCUCCAAGCCCAUUCCGGGGUUGCUCGUGGUGCCCAGUCCGGCCUGCCAGGGCCUAUCAUCCGAGGAGAUCCUGGAUCGCAUCUGGCCCGAUAUUGCUGCAGCCAACGAAAAUGCGGAGGCAUUUAGUCAGAUCUCGCGCGACAUGGUCGUCAUUCUCGACCCCAACCAGUCGUAUCCCAUGACCGACAAGGGCACGAUGAUUCGAAACCGCUGCUACAUGGAGUUCAGUGACCUGAUUGAAGCCGCGUAUGCGCGCCUGGAAACUGGGGCUGGCAGUGGAGAUUGCCGCGUCUUGGAGCUGCCCGAAUUGGAAGAGUUCCUGCUGGAUCUGUUUCGGACGACUCUGGGAUUUCCCGAUAUUCAGAGCGACAGCGACCUGUUCGAGGCCGGUGUCGACAGUUUGCAGGCCAUCAAGGCACGCGGUAUUCUGCAAGCACAAAUUGACAUUGGAUCAGCCACCCUCGCGCACAAUGUCGUUUUCGACUGUGGGACGAUUAAAAAGCUCGCCGCGCAUUUGUAUGCCGCACGCACCGGAGAGGGCUUGGACUCGGAGGGUGAGCUCGAAGCCAUGUCCCGACUGAUCACCCAAUACUCGACGUUUGUCAACCGGCCAGCGAGCGAGAAAGUUGUCCUUCUGACGGGCAUCACUGGCACUUUGGGAGUAUACAUCCUGUCACAGCUUCUGCAGCAGGCCUCCGUCAAGAAGGUGUUCUGCUUGGUACGUGCAAGCUCAAUACCUAACGCGCUCGAUCGCGUGCUGUCGAGUCUAUCAUCGAGGUCGCUACCCAUCGUCAACGCGUACAAGAUUGCCGCCUUUCCUUCGGCGCUGGGGAAUGAAGAUCUCGGUCUGCCGUCAGCCACCAUCAGUGAGCUGCAUAGUUCCCUGACGCAUGUGAUCCAUGCGGCCUGGGCUGUCAAUUUCACCGUCGGUGUGCGCAGCUUCGAGCAACACAUCAGAGGCAUCCAAAAUCUCAUCAACCUGUGUCUCUCGAGUGAGCGACCGUCUCCGGCCGAAUUCUACUUUUGCUCCUCCAUCUCCGCCGCCGCCGGCACGCCUCUCCCCGCCACGAUCCGCGAGGGACCCAUCCCGGAGCUUGCCCACGCACAGAACAUGGGCUAUGCGCGGUCCAAGCUGGUUGCCGAGCGAAUCAUCCACGCCGCCGCCAGAACCACCGGGAUGGUCGCCAAGGUUCUGCGACUGGGGCAGAUCGUGGGAGACACGGUGACGGGGAAAUGGAAUCCCACGGAAGCGAUUCCGCUGCUGCUGCAGACUGCCAAGACGCUGGGGGUGUUGCCUGCGUUAGAUGAGACGCCGUCCUGGCUCCCGGUGGACGUGGUGGCGAGUGCCGUGCUAGAGCUCAGUGACAUCCUCUCCAGUCCGACCGCCAAGUCGCUGGCUCAAGACCCCGCUGUGGUGUACAAUGUGCAAAAUCCACGAACCUUCCGAUGGACGGAGGAUCUACUACCAGCUCUGCGACAGGCGGGAUUACAGUUCGAGAUCCUGCCUCGCAGACAAUGGGUGCAGCGUCUGCGCGAGUCAGAUCCGGACCCGGUGAAGAAUCCCUCGGUCAAGUUGCUGGACUUUUUUGCGGAGAAAUAUGACAACGAUGCGCCGGGUCGCGCGGGACUGUCGUUUGCGAUGGAGAAGACGGAGUCUGCGAGUCCAUCGUUGAACGGAGGGGUGGAUUUGAUUGGGAAUGGGUUGAUCAAGAAAUAUGUGGAUGCGUGGGGGUUGGUGUGGUGA